AUGUUUUUGAUUCUGCGAAACAAACAUUCUAAUAUUUUGACUUUGACAUUUGGUCAUUUGCUAUUUUGCUAAUAAUUAAAAGACGAGCCAUCUAUUAACAAGAAAACUUGAUUAAAACAAACACAGAGAGUGGCAUGCCGUCCCACAAUUCAUGCUAUUCAAAGUUGGUAACAUUGGAGUUGAGAGUUGUCAAUUUGUUUUAUUUGACAUCUGUGCUGUUGUGUGUGUGUAUGUUGUCAACUGUUGUCAUUAUGUGAUGGCGGUGCUUGGGGAUCUCCGCUAUUUUAUUCACAAAUCUUACGACAACAGUUUUUCGUGUUGUUUUCUAUAAACUUUUAAUGUUAUUUUUAUGAUAAUAUUUUUAAAUCAUUAUUUGACAUGUAUUAAUGUGUGUAUCGCUUAGAUCAAUCUUUGUUUUUCGGUAACAUUUUCUUGGCGCUAACAUUAUUGUUAAUCGCAUGUAAAUUUUUGUACUUAUUGGAACCUUAUAAGUCAUAAAUGUCUGGACUUGGUUCUUAAAUAUAUCUAUAUCUAUUUUACUUUUUUAAACAUUUUCAAACAAUAUUGUUUAUUGUUUUAUUAUAAACCUCUUUCGAUUGUGAUUGUGCGGCAACAUGAAUGAUGUCCGUGAUAAAGUGGUGGCCGGCUCCUCAUCGUGGGAAACAAAUACAACACACAGUGAUUCUUCACCGGAACUCCAAUCUUCACCUAGCGGCAGUGGCGAGACUCCUCAAACACCUGGAGCUCCCGCCCCGCUCGCCCCUCAUCUCGCCGCAGACUUGCACCCAGAUUUGUUGCAACAGGGCUGGAGAAAAUAUUGGUCAAAACGGGAAAAUAGACCUUAUUUUUGGAACAAAUUAUCGGGUGAAUCUAUGUGGGAAUUGCCUGCUGUUAAAAGGGAUUUUGAUCCGAUCACAGAUCCUUUGGGUAUAUGUCACACAGGUCCACCUAACCCUGGUAAUAUGACUCCAGGUGCCACCAAACGACGUCCUUCAGAAGAUAACGGUCCACCUCCAAAAAAAUUUGUUUUGGCUGGUCCUUGGGACAUUGAAGUACCAACAAAUGUGGUGAUUUAUGAACGUCCACCCACUAUCUGCCCACACCCACAUCCAGAAAUAGAAGGAUUCAGAUUUACCUUAGCAAAUAAGUUAAGACAGUGUUACCAAGAAUUGUGUCACACAAGAGAAAGCAUUGAUGCUCCUAAGGACUCAUUUAAUCGUUGGUUGAUGGAACGUAAAGUCAAUGAUCAAGGUGGCUCUGACCCCUUGCUUCCGAGUCACUGCUUUCCAGAAAUAUCUAGAUCAAUGUAUGAAGAAAUCAUGAAUGAUAUUCCUAUCAAACUAACUCACCCUAAGUUUACGGGAGAUGCCCGUAAACAACUAUCUCGUUAUGCUGAGGCUGCCAAGAAGAUGAUUGAAUCUAGAAAUGCUUCCCCAGAAAGUCGAAAAGUUGUUAAGUGGAAUGCAGAAGAUACAUUUCAAUGGUUGAGAAGAACUGUUGGAGCUACAUAUGAUGACUUUCAGGACAGACUGGCUCAUCUCAGGAGACAAUGUCAACCACAUCUAUCAGAAACAGUAAAAGUUUCCGUAGAGGGGAUAUGUUUGAAGAUUUACCAUUUGUCAGCUGAGUAUGCUCGAAAAAUAAGAGAAAAGCACAGUACUCUUCUUAAAGAAAAUGGGAUUCAGGAACUUCAAGCUCCCCUGCAGCAGGCGGCGCUGCGCAAGGUGUGGUGCUACCCUGUACAGUUCGCGGUGCCUUCGCCGCGGCCGCCGCUCGUGGAACAUUUCCUCGACCGUGACCAGGCUCUCCUGCGAUAUUUGGGGGAGACCCAAAUUCUUAAUGCUACUUAUUUACAAAAGUUGGAAUGCCUUUACCGAUACAGUUGUUUUGACGACAAAAAGUUCGAGCAGUUUUUGUCGCGCGUAUGGUGCCUGUUGCGGCGGUACGCGGCGUGGGUGGGCGCGGGAGGCGAGGCGCACCUGACGCAGAUGUCGCUGCCUGUGCCGGUGCUGGAGUGCCUGCACCGCUGCUUCGGAGUCACGUUCGAGUGCUUCGCGAGCCCGCUCGACUGCUACUUCAGACAGUACUGCUCGGCGUUCGCGGACACUGACUCUUAUUUUGGUUCGCGAGGGCCGUUUUUGGAGCUGCGCCCGGUGUCGGGGUCGAUGGUGGCGCACCCGCCGUACUGCGAGGAGCUGCUGGAGGCGGCGCUGCGGCACAUGGAGCGGCUGCUGUCGGAGUCGGCCGAGCCGCUCAGCUUCGUGGUGGUGCUGCCCGAGUGGCCCGACCGCGCCACGCACGCGCUGCACAAGCUGCAGGCCAGCCACUUCAAGCGGAAACAGGUAGUGAUACCGGCUUUUGAACAUGAAUACAGACACGGGUUCCAGCAUGUACAUCCUAAGAACGAGGUGUACUUCCGCUGGGGCGGCGGCACGGUGGUGGUGUGGCUACAGAACGCGGCGGGCUUCGCGCGCUGGGGGCCCACGGACGAGCGCGUGGAGGCGCUGCUGGACGCGUGGCGGCCGCGCGCGCGCCCGCCCACGCCGCCCGCGCCCGACGCCGCGCCCGCGCCGCCCGCCGCGCCGCCCGCCGCGCCGCCCGCCGCGCCCGACAAGCGGUAGGGUUAAACAAAUACCUUGGCGAUCUUCAUUAAUAGCCCCCUUGCUUCAAAAACUAUUUUAAUGUCAUCUGAGCUAUUUAAUGAGCCUUUUGAAGUAGUAGGGGAGACCGAGCAAAAAUUUGGCACAUUACUCGAGCGCGUCAAAAAAUCAUAAGGGGAGAAACCUUAUACCCUGUAAACUAAAAAUACCAUAAAAAUAUAUACAGGCACGCGCAUUAAGAGUACUCGACAAAAUUUAAUAAAGUUUUGUACAUGUAGAACAUUGACAUGAAUGUUUCAAUAAUCUAAUAAUUUGAACGUAAAAUUUUUUAUAUACUGUAUGACUGUAAAACAAUAUUAACCGACAAUUUACAAAAUACCUUUCAUUUGAACAGUGGAGCAAUACAGUUGCGUUUACAUUUUCUACUCGACGACAGCUUCUAGCAUCAUUUCUCGCUUUUUUCUCACUCCCUUGCACCAUCCUCAUACUUCCUCAGAAUGAGGACCAAAACCAUAGACCAAGUUUCAAUAUUGUAUCACUACAUAUAAUAAAGCAAAGUCCCCCUCCGCGUCUCUCUGUUCGCAUUAAAUUCAAAAAGUACUGGACGAACUUUCAUACAGUUUUCAACAACAGGUAAAUCUUUUUCUAAGGAAGAUUAUAGUACAUUUAGUAGUAAAAUACGUUAUGCAUUUAAUCAAGUAUCUAUAUAUUGUCUUAGAAAUGAGAACUGGUCCAAAAUUACAAACAUUUCGUUUUAGAACCCAAUCUUCGUAAUCGCAAAUACGUAAUGACGCUUUAGUAAUUGCAAAUUUAGCAUCUCGGACUCCCCUUCUAUAAUUAGUGUGGGCGAAACGUUUUUUGCAUUGUCCAUCGUCUUCGCCUAUGUACUUACGUCCACAUGUCCAAGAAUAUAAUACAAAGUUCGGCAAUAUCUCAAAGAAAAAUGCCCGUUGUUGCUGAGAAUUUGUGAAUUAAGUGGAGUACGUAUACACAUUAAAUAUCCUGGUCCAUUAAUGUUUUGUGUCUAUACUAAAUGUGGGCUAGUGGUAAACUUUAAUUAUAAAUCGACAUGAUCUAACCAGCUCGAGUUCCAUUUAUACCCCGAGCAGGAAUUCCCGACGAACGUUAUUGUAUUUCUGACAGAUGGUCACUAUGUGUGCACUAUGAACUGAAUGUAUAUAGUUUUAGGAAUCUUUUAGUUAUCUACUUAUUUUUGUAAGUUCUUUUACGAGUUCUGUUGUAUAGUUCUAUAAAGAUUUAUUUGAUUGUUCAUCAUUAUAUUUUAUAAAUAAAA